AUGGAUCGCUUAAAGACCGACGAGACCAAUCCGCGCGGGAUUCCGCAGGCCAAGUUCAUCGAGAAGAUCGAGGACUUUAUUGACCCGAAAACCUGCACCGACGACGACGUCUCGGUGUUUUUAAAAGAGUUACAGGUCAGACUCCAGCAGUACCAGUUCAUGGAGGAGAACAAGCGCAACACGCUCAAUAACCUCAAUACAAAGAUCCCAGACAUAAAGAAAACACUAGAUAUGUGCAGGUUCCUUAAAAGUCGCAAGGAGCACGACGAAGAGACCAUUGACGUAAACUACGAGCUCAACGAUACCGUCUACUCUACGGCCGAAAUCAACGUGAAAGAGCUGGAUUCUGUUUCGCUGUGGCUCGGAGCAGAUAUCAUGAUGGAGUAUCCUAUUGACGAGGCUAUUGAAAUGCUGGAAAAACGGCUUCAGGCCGCGCUCGAUAACAAGGCCGUCACCGUGGAAGACCUGGAGUAUUUGCGCUCAAACAUCACCACAAUGGAGGUCAACACGGCACGGGUGUACAACUGGGACGUGCAGCGGCGCAAGGCCCUGAAGGCGGCGGAGACUACCUCCUGA